UGCAAUCACACCUUUUAAAAAUAAAUUCCCUUCUAGAUCCAUCAAACCACCACCAAUUAACAAAUUGACACUAGAGACUGACAUAUAUGUUCCUGACUUCUUAGUUCUUACUCAACCUCACUUCUGAAAGUCAUUCACUUCACUGAACUAGUUUUAUUUUAAGUUUGGUGGGCAAAUCAAACCAUACCAAACCCACAUCAAGCUUUCGCCAUGGAAAUCGGGAUCCAUGAUCUUAAACAACCCCUUUCUUUCUCUCUCCUGAAACUCCCAAAUUUCAUACUACUACUAACAAUAACUAUACUAUUUUCUUCGCAUUUUCAAUUCUCAAAUGCUUCAAUUCACACUUACGACCGACAAAUUUUCAGUGAAGUCGGCAAUUCUUACCUUCUUGCUGGUGGCAGUGAAGCUAUUCGUGCUUCUCGUUCUUCCUUUUCUUCUCCCAUUUCUACGCGUGUCGUUUCUCACUCUCUUAAUGAUGGUACCUCAUUUAUUCGAUUUGAGAAUAUCACAUUCUGGAGAAGCAAGGAAGCUGCUCAAAAACAAUCAAAUACAGAACAUGGCUCUGGACUUGUGCAAAUUGUGAUUUUUGAAGCAGCUGAUCGUGAUGAUAUUGGUGGUUCUGCAUACGGUGGGCAGAGGUCUAUUUGCUGCACCCCUGAUCUUGCUAAACUUGAAGGAUGUAAGCAAGGGGAAGUCAUAAAAAUACGAUCAUCUACAGAUAAAAAUUGGCCUGUGAUUUUAAAUGUGAAGUUUAAAGGACGUUCUUUAAAAACUAGGAUGCGUCGGCAAGAGGUGUAUGUCACAAAGACAGGAAUGUACAACUUGUUCUUCAUUUCUUGUGACUCAGAGUUGAAAGGACUAGUUAUGAAUGGGAAGACCGUGUGGAAAAAUCCUGAUGGCUACUUACCUGGAAGAAUGGCCCCAUCCAUGAAAUUCUAUGUUUUCAUGUCCCUUGCCUACCUGGUGCUCAGCUCAAUAUGGUUUUUUCAGUAUUAUAGAUUCUGGAAUGAAGUACUUCAACUUCAACACUGCAUCACAGCAGUUGUUGUCCUUGGAUUGUUGGAAAUGUUCUUUUGGUAUCUUGAUUAUGCUAAUUUCAACAGCACAGGCGUUAGACCUGUUGUGCUUACAACUUGGGUUGUAACUCUUGGAGCUGCAAGAAGAACACUUUCACGUCUACUUAUUCUUUCAUUAUCAAUGGGUUAUGGUGUGGUGCGGCCUACUCUUGGUGGUCUUACCUACAAAGUGCUGGUUAUUGGGGCAACUUACUUCCUGGCAACUGAACUGCUAAACAUUACGGAGUAUGUGGGCACUGUUAAUGACGUAUCAGGAAGAGCAAGAAUACUUCUUGUCCUUCCUGAUUCAUUCCUGGAUGCUUUUCUAAUCUUGUGGAUUUUUACUUCUCUUUCAAAGACACUGGAACAGCUACAGGUGAAGCGAAGUUCUGUGAAGUUGGAUAUCUACAGGAAGUUCUCAAAUGCAUUGGCCGUUUCAGUGAUUGCUUCUGUUGCAUGGAUAGUAUAUGAGGUGUAUUUCAAGGCUACAGAUCCUUUUAAUGAGCGGUGGCAGAGUGCUUGGAUUAUCACUGCUUUCUGGGACAUUCUGGGAUUUGCAGUGUUAUGCAUAAUAUGCUAUUUAUGGGCUCCAUCUCAGAGUUCUCAAAGGUAUGCUUAUUCAGAUGGAGUUGGAGAAGAAUUUAAUGACGAGGAAGUACAAUCUCUAACUAAAGGGAAAUCUGGGGGUGAUGUCAGUUUGGUUAAGCAAGGGCAGGAUGCGACAAUUGGUGGAAAUGAUGACGUUUAUGAUUCAGAAGAAGAUAAUCAGCCUAGUAAGGGUGAGUAGUGAGCAGUCUGAGCACUAAAAGGAAAGAAUACAUUACAGUAAAUUGGGAAUUUUGCUUUGACUCCAACCUGUAGGGAUAUGUUGAAGAAGCUUUUAGAAUUUGGUUGAUAGAUGCGAUCCAAAGAUAUUCAAUGCUCGUCUUGGGUUAUAUAGCUGGAGGUACAUAUCAAGGAGUGUGCAAGGCAUUAUCCCAGUGCCAAUACAAAAAAAAGGUUGCUCCAACAAUUGCUACUCUGUAAUCUUGUAUCAGAGGUUUAACCAUUCAAACCACAUAGGAGGUGCCCUAGGCAAUUUUGAUUGCCUCUCAUGUAUGUAUGUUUGUUAUAUAUUUUUUUUUCUUAGCUAUUUUUACCCUCUUCAUCCCACAACAUAUUUGUUUGAUUACAUGUAUAACAUUCAAUUAUAUUGAUUGGCAUUGCUUUACCUAAUCUGUAAUACUAAACUCAGUUAUUCCUGACCCUGUCUAUUAUGUGCUAUUGAAUAGUUAACGUAUAUGUCAAGCAACCAAAUUGAGAUGUUUCAAAAAAAAAAAAAAAAAAAAAAAAA